UCCCAUUCUAACUGCGCAUGCGCGAGUCCGGGAGCGCACAGCGCGGCGAUUAGCGGUGCGCUGUCAGUGCCACCUGUCAGUGCUCAUCCAUGCCACCUGCCAGUGCCCAUCAAUGCCACAUUUCAGUGCCUACCAGUGCACAUCAAUACCACAUAUAAGUGCCCAUCUGAGCUGCCUUUCAGUGUCACCUAUCAAUGCCAGUUAGUGCCACCUAGCAGUGCCGCCUUUCAGUGCCAGUCAGUGCCGCCUAUCAGUGUGCAUCAGUGCCGCCUAUCAGUGCCCGUCAGUGCUGGCUAUCAGUGCCACCUAACAGUGCCAGUCAGUGCUGCCUAUCAGUGCCGCCUGUCAGUGCCAUAUAUGAGUGUUGCCUUUCAGUGCCCAUCAGUGAUGCAUGUC